GUUCAUCUAGUCUUACUAAAUCUAUGUCCAAUUCACGAUUUGUGUGUGGAAGAUAAUAAAAUUUCUCCGAUCGUUGAUCAACUUUGGUGUCGAUAUUAUUUCGAUUCUUUGUUGAAGAAAUUAGUUUUCUGUGUUAUUAAGUGUAAAAGUUUCUAAUGAGGAAGUUAGAUUGUCAAGAGUUAUGGGGAGCCGACAGAUUAGAAGCACAGUUAGAAGUUGCCCGCGAUGGACUUCGUGGUCUCGAUCGUAGCAUUCGUAAAAUUUUGGGCCGUGAUCUUCCUGAUGGCGAAAGUGGUCCAUUGCAGUCUAGAAUACCUCAAAAACGACUAUUGCAAGAAGAUCGUCGAAGAGCUAUAACAGAGUUCAUGAAUAAUGAAUUAGCAGGAGGCAAACGACGUUGGCAAGGUUCUAAUGCAGAACCAAAAACAGUUUUUAGUCGAUUAAGUGCACGUGUUCCAUCUACUGCAGAUGAUAGUGCUGAUGAAGACGAUAAUAUUACCAAGCCUGCUGUAUCAUCCAGAGUAAUAGCUACUCCUCGAGAAAUUCCUUCACGUCAAGAAGUUAUCAGACGAGAAAGAACAGAUGAGCGUAGUCGACAAAGAAAUAAACGAAUGUUUGGUGCACUUUUAGGUACUUUACAAAAAUUUAGACAAGAGGAAACUAAACUCAAAGCGAAGGAAGAUAAAAAAGCAGAAGUGGAAGCUAGAGUAGAAGAAGCUAGAAGACGAGAAAAAGAAGAAUUGCGAAGAGAAAGACAACAAUUGUUUUUGUCACGAAAACGGCAAUUGGCUGAAGUGCGAGCAUUGGAAGCAAAGCUUGCACGUAGUCGACAAUUUCAAGAUUGGCGCAAUGCACAGUUACCUCUUGCUUUAUUUAUUAAAACACACGCACAACCUUCUAUUUAUUACAUACCAAAACGUAAACAUCCACAAACAGACAUGUUAUUAGCGCAGUCCACGAAAGAACUUCAUGAGGAAAUUGAAAAAAGAGAAAAAGCAUUGGUUGAAGAAUUAAAUCUAAUAGAAGUUCAGAUAGGGUUAAGCAAACAUUCACAAAACUUUGAACCAUCUUCGUCUUUACAUACUGUAGAAGCUCCACGUUUACUAGAAGAGGGUGAAGAAAAUCGAGAUCCUAAUCCAGAACAUAAUAUUGAGGCUGCAAUCAAUGAUAGUAAUGAUAAUGCUGAUAUUUCAAUAGAGUCUGUAAUAAAUGAAAAUUGUGAUGAUACAGAAAAAAAGGAAGAAGUACAAUUGGACCAAGUUCAAGAUGAUGUAAACAAUGGCUAGUAUAUUUGCUACAAUAAAAAGUUAUACAUAUUAUGUAUGUACAGCCAAUGGUCUGACAUAAAAUGAGGAUUUUCAUAGUAAAAGAAUUUUCAUAGAGUCUUCAAGUAUUGUUUUAUGAUUCUAUAAUUAAAGAUAUCCUAA